AUGUCGGAUGGAUGGACUGAUAAAAAAAUGUGUAGUAUUUGUAAUUUCUUGGUGAACAGCCUUAAAGGAUCAGUUUUCCUUUAUUCAUUGGACACUUCUGACAUCUCGAAAAUAACGGAUAAAGUUGUCAAAAUGCCAGAAGAUGCCGUAGAAUUUGUUGGUGAAGAGAAUGUAGUCCAAAUUGUUACAGAUAAUGCUGCUAAUUAUAAGGCUGCUGGAGAAAGAAUGAUGGAGACUAGAAAAAGACCGUUGAUGACUAUGUUUACUUCUGCUGAUUGGAAGACAACUAAGGUUGCAUCAACGCCUGAAGGAAUAAGAGUCCAAAACAUGGCCUUGGAUAGUAGGCUAUGGAAGAAUAUUGUCAUAUGCCUCAAGGCUGCUGCUCCUCUCAUUACAGUCCUUCGCUUGGUUGAUUCAGAUGAAAAACCAGCCAUGUGUUUCAUCUUUGAAGGCAUGAGAAGCGCCAAAGAAACAAUCAAGACUAACUUCGGUUGUGUUAAAAAGAGUUAUAAACCUAUAUGGGAAAUUAUUGAUGGAAGGUGGAAAAGUCAAUUGCAUAGACCAUUGCAUGCAGCUGCGUAUUAUCUUAAUCCUCAUUAUCACUAUGAACCAAAUUUCAUGGUUGAUGAUGCUAACAUUAAGAUUGGUCUAUAUAGUUGUUUGAAAAAACUAGUUCCUAACCAGGAAGAAAGGAAAAAGAUUGGUCUACAGCUUCCUGACCUUCAUUAUGCUAGAGGCCUCUUUGGUAAUGAAACUGCAAAGAGUAGUAGGAAGACCAUGCUACCUGCUAAGUGGUGGGACUUCUAUGGAGAUAGUUGUCCAGAACUAAAGAAAUUUGCUAUCCGAGUUCUAAGCUUAACUUGUAGUUCAUCUGGUUGUGAGCGUAAUUGGAGUGCAUUUGAAAUGGUUUAUACAAAGAGAAGAAAUCGGUUGCAUCAAAAGAAAAUGAAUGAUUUAGUGUAUGUGAUGUAUAAUUUGAAGUUAAAGGGCAAGCAAAUUAGAAAAACUCCAGAACUUGAAUUUGAUGCAGUGCAUUCUGAUGAUGAGUGGAUAACUGAGGAUGUUAAUGAAAAUAUUGCUGAAAGUGUUGAGCAUUCUCACUUGCCAACGAAUGACAAUACUAAUGAUGAUCCAAAUAGUAAUGAAUUUGUUAUUCCAGGUAUGAAUAGUAAUGAAUUCAACAUGGGUGAAGGAGGUGAGAAUGAGUUUAUUGGGGAUCCACAACAAAAUUUAAUAGAGGAAGAAGAUGAACAUGUGAAUGAUGAUGAUGAUUUUGUUGGCCGUGUUGAACCUGAGCCUGAAAGAAAUGAUGUUUCUGAUGAAGAUGGUGAAAAUGAUGAUGUUGAUGCCAUGGAAGAUGAAGAUAUUGGAGGAUUUGAGUUUUUGAGUUUAUUAGAAAUUUAA